AUGGUCACCAAGAAGCCCGACUACAAUGCAUACACAGUGGGGUGGGAUGCUGUUGUUAGUGAUUUGAGAGGGAGUCAUGGAGGUGUUCUACACUACGACGCGGGCAAAUUUAAAGAUAAUAGAGUGUUCCAUAUCACGUCCUAUCUGAAUCAACAGCCCUCUCUACUUUUAACUGCGACGCAAAGGCUCCGGCCAGACCAUGAGUUUGAUCUAAGACAGAUGGAAAACUACAUCCGUCAAGUCUGCUCAAAGCUUGCUCGCCUCCUAGCUCCGAGAACAUACCCAAUCCCGGGCUGGGAGCGCGAUCAGCUAUUUACCUCGAGCUACGAGCACACCAGCAACGGAGACUGCUCCAGAUGUGACUGUGCAUACCCGAUGAAGAGAAUUGACCGUGAAUCAGACAUUCCAGUGGUCCACUACGGCCUCAUCUCAUCCGGAAGCGCAAUAAUGCGCUCAGCCCAGCGCCGGGAUGAGCUGCGUGACGAGUGGGAUAUAUGCUGUUUUGAAAUGGAGGCUGCGGGCCUGAUGGAUGAUUUUCCGUGCAUUGUUAUACGCGGAAUAUGUGAUUACUCUGACGGACAUAAGAACAAGGAGUGGCAGCCCUAUGCAGUAAUCACCGCGGCGGUCUAUGCGAAGGAUCUUCUGCGUGUGGUUCAUUCUCAGGCUGUUGAAGAAGCAGUGCCUGUGCUCGAGGUUCUUAAUGACGUCUCGUGUACCCUGGAUUAG